GUAAAAGUUCAUUUCCGCGAAGAAUAUAAUUUUUCCAACCAUCUAUAAAUACGAAGGAUGUUUGACAAACUAUCAUGUAUUUUGUGCUUGGAAAAAGCCAACAAUUCCAUCGAUAAAAUUAAUAUCGAUUCUGAUGAUUCGGAAGCAGUAAAUGCCCGUGGGAUAAUUGAGCAACACUUCAAGGAUGAGCUCAGUAUGAUGUCAUUUUUCUCCACGAAAGUUGUGUGCAGCCAAUGCUGGGAAUUGGUCCAGUCUUUUCAUGAAUUUUAUGUACGUGUGCAGAAUGCUCAUUUGGCAGCAAUGAACACGCUGAAAUCUUUGCAAGAGCUAGAGAUAUCUGUGACAGAAAUAAAAGAAGAGCCAGAUGUUAUAGAUGAGUUAGCAUCACCUCCUAAACGUCGACGUGGCCGUCCUCGUCGUCAAAAGGACUUCGAUAACCUAGACUGUGAGUCGGUUGCCUUAAGAGAAUGCAGUGUUAGAAUAGAGCAACUGACUGUCCCUUAUAACACAAUUAGCAAUGACAACAAGCAAGAUAAGAGUAUUGAAAAUGUGGAUAUUAAAAGUGAAGAUGAGUAUAAAGAAGAAUGCUACCAUCCAAAUAUAUCUGAAGAUGGAUCACAAAUUGAAAUGCCUGAUAUACUCAGUAGGCAUGAGGAUGUCUUGGCGCCUUCUCCGCCACAAAAAAAGAAAGUUCGUACUAAACGAAAGCAAAAAAGAAAGCGAAGUGACCAAAAGCCAGAGACAAAGAAGAAUAAUAAACCGCGGCAUAAAACGUCGGACUAUGACGAAUAUAUUGCCGAUAAUUUUAAAUUAGUUUGCUUUCUUUGCCAGAAGACAUUAACAGAUUUUAGAGAACUCAAAAUUCAUUUUCGACAGCAACACCAAAUGAAUGGCUAUGUAAAAUGUUGCGGCAAGAAGUUACUGAAGCGAGGUGUACUCGUUGACCAUAUUCACUUCCACAAUGACCCGGAAUACUUCAAAUGUCCGCACUGUGCAAAAUUAUUGUCAGACCGGAGAGGGCUCGAAACGCACCUUCAAUUUUUCCAUGGUUCGAGAGAACGUACUUUUAGUUGUGACGUUUGUUCUAAGGGAUUCUUUCGCCGCGAAGUACUUGCUCGACAUUAUCUUCUACAUGCUCCAGAUGAACAAAAGACUGUUAAGUGUACGCAAUGCGAAAAAACUUUCUGUAAUGAAUACAAUAUGAAGCAGCACCUAAAGCUAGUCCAUCUACAUUUGUAUUCGAAGAUUUGUGACAUUUGUGGGAAGUCUUUCAACGGUGGCGACGCGUUUCGUCGGCAUCAGCAAGAGCAUUUGGGCUUACCGAGGCCAAUGAUUAAAUGUGAAUUGUGUAAUGCUGAACUUACGACAAAAUAUGGCUUAGCGCGACAUAUGAAAGUAAUGCACACUGAGGAGUACCAGACGCCGCAAGUCUGUCCUAUAUGCUCCAAAGUGUCUCCAACUCUCAGAGCGCAUCAUACACAUUUUAAAUAUAUGCACGCCACCGAGCGAAAACAUGCUUGCAAACUUUGUGACAAAGCUUUUAAAAGACCUAAUGACCUACGCGAACAUAUGACAACUCAUACUGGAGAAGUUCUAUAUACUUGUACAUUUUGCCCGCAAACAUUUAAUUCAAAUGCGAAUAUGUACGCACAUCGCAAGCGGAAGCAUCCUAAGGAAUGGGCAGAACAAUGUGCCAAGAAAAAAACUAUGGGCCUGGGAAAGCAGAUACAAAAAGAUCUUGAGACCAUAAUAGAAUCCGUGGAUGUAGUGGAUACAGACGGGCAAAAAUAAAAGGAAAAUAUAUAGUAUAGCUCUACAAAUAAAAAAAAAGCAGUCCAUACAUAUGUAUGUAUACAAUUAAUUUUUUUCUGAAGGACAUAUUGUGGGUAACUUAUGAGUAUACGUUUGCACUAUAAUAUUAAUAAUAGGUGAUACGAUUUACUAACAUGUAUGUAAGUAUAUGAGAAGUAAUUUUCUUCAAAUUUGGUAAUUUUAUGCCGAAAUGUUAAUUCUUAAAUUAAUAAAACUGGCUAUCUUGCAUUGAUUUUGGUUAUAAAUUUUCAGUUGUAUAUUUUGAGGGAAUUUUCGCCUAUGCCUU